AUUUUGUAGUAAGAUUUCUCCACUAUUAGCUUAAAAGUGAGACCUCUUUUCAACUCCCAAAAAAUUUUUUUGACCAUAACCAUGAGUAUUCUCACGAAUCCAUCUAGUUUCACACUUGUUUUAAUUUCCAUUACGCUGGUCUUGGCUCUCGCUAGACGUUUCUUAAGAUCCAAGAAACCAAGAGGUCAGCUUCCUCCCGGCCCAUGGGGAUGGCCAAUCAUUGGAAACAUCCUCCAAAUGAUCAUGAACCGGCCGGCUCACUUGUGGAUCCACCGUGUCAUGGAAGAACUGCAAACGGAGAUAGCUUGCUUCCGCUUUGCCAGUUUUCACGUCAUCACCGUAACCUCAAGCGAGAUUGCCCGUGAAGUGCUUAGGGAAAAAGACGAGGUUCUCGCAGACAGGUCAGAGUCUUACGCCAGCCAUCUCAUUAGCAAUGGCUAUAAGGGCAUUACUUUCACUUCCUACGGAGAGAACUGGAAGCUGAUGAAGAAAUUGAUGACCACCAAGCUUAUGUCCCCGACAACAUUGAGGAAAACCCUCGGUUAUAGAAACAUAGAAGCGGAUAAUAUUGUCACAUAUGUCUACAAUCUAUGCCGACUAGUGACGAAGCCGAUUAACGUGAGGGAUACGAUCUUAACUUAUUCCCACGCCGUGAUGAUGAUGAUGAUGUUUGGCCAGAGGCAUUUUGAUGAAGCGGUAGAGAAUGGCGGUCUCGGGCCAAAAGAGAAAGAGCAUAUGGACGCAAUAUACCUAGCUCUUGAUUGUUUUUUCAGCUUCAACUUAACAAAUUACAUCCCUUUUCUUAGAGGAUGGAACGUAGAUAAAGAGGAGAAGGAGGUAAGAGAAGCGGUUCAUAUAAUCAACAGAUGUAACGACCCGAUCAUCCAAGAAAGAAUACAUUUGUGGAGGAAGAAAGGCGGAAAAGCUAUGGAAGAAGACUGGCUCGAUAUCCUCAUCACGUCAAAAGAUGAUCAAGGAAUGCAUCUACUUGUGCAAGAAUCAGACAUACCAAAACUCAACUACAUCAAAGCUUGUAGCAAAGAAUCUUUUCGUCUUCACCCAGCUAAUGUGUUCAUGCCUCAUCAUGUAGCCCGAGAAGAUACUACCCUCGCGGGUUAUUUUGUUCCCAAAGGUAGUCAAAUUCUUGUGAGCCGUGUGGGGCUUGGUCGGAAUCCUAAAAUAUGGGACGAGCCUAACGCGUUCAAGCCAGAAAGACACCUCGAUGGCCAUGUCGAGAACUCAUUGGGCGUGACUCUGAUAGAACCGGAGAUGCGGUUCGUUACAUUCGGCACCGGUCGGCGUAGCUGCCCGGGCACUAAGAUUGGGACAUCUAUGACCAUCAUGUUGUUAGCCAGGCUUCUCCAAGGGUUCGAAUGGACUCUCCCUAAUGGUAAAACUCAAAUCGAACUCAUUUCGGCGGAGAGCAACUUGUUUAUGGCCAAGCCUCUACUCGCAUGCGCGAAACCUAGGUUGGCUCCAAGUUUAUAUCCGAAAAUCAAGGUCUAGAAUUUCUAGAAAUUGUUUGGGUGACAAAUCAUCAAAUGAUAUAAUCUUUUAAGUACCAUUUACAUGUUUUUGUAAUCAAUUCAUGCAUGUGUUUGUGUGUUUUUAUAUCAUCUCUCGAGUUCAUUAAAAGCUUGUACGGUAAAAAAUUUCCUUGUGGUUGUUGUAACUUAAUCAAUUUAUUGCAUGUUGUCCCACCGGUGUUGUUGUACAAUAAAUUUUACUGUAUUUU